CCGACGAACCCUUGAAACAUAAAGAAGGUUCGAGUCAUGAAAAACCUGAGAUUGCAUAUAACACUACUGACGAACCUCCCGAAAAAUAUGAUGCAAUUUCUCUCAACGUUAGAACAUUUUCUAUCGUAGAGAUUUCAAGUAUAAGUCGAGGGAAGUCAUUAAUAGAAGAUCUGAAAAUUCUAUUAAAAGAUCAGAAGUAUAGCGAUCUGGAAAUAAUAUGUAAUGAUAAUGUCGUUCUCUAUGGAUGCAAAGCCUUUCUUGCCAUCCGUUCGGAAACCUGGGAACAACUUCUUUUCAAUAAAAACAAUGUCUUAUCCGAGAAUAAGAUUUCGUUUUCAAAGAUUAACUCAUCCGCCAUGAAGAAUAUUCUUGAAUACAUUCAUAUGGGAGGAUUAUCGGAAAAGUCACUAACGGUUGAAAAUGCGAUCGAGACAUUCGCUGCCGCUGAAUACUUUCAACUUGAUGCCCUGCUGAAAAAUCACAUCAAUAAAUUUUUGGAUAAAAUUUGUAAUGACGAUGCAUCUGAUAACAAUAACGAGUCUCCUGAACUGUUAUCAAAAGUCGUCAAAAUGAAUUCCUCUUUCGCAGGAAGUAAGCUAAUGGACAUGUUGAUUGAUUCAGUGUCAAGGAUCUCUUUGGAUAAUUUGGAUUUUGGCAGAUUACCAUUUGAAACAUUUCAAGUUUUACUUGCAAAAACUCGGAACAACCAUAAACUGUUUGCAUCCAGUGAAUAUUCAGUAUUGCGUUAUUCAAUUUUACUGUCUGCUAAGGAAGUGUCAAACGAAUCAUUUUCUAUCUUAAAAGAAAGGUUACCAACAUGGAAUGAGCUUUGCAAUAACGGUUUUAUUCCGAUAAAUAAAGAUUUUAAAUUCACGGACGACGUCUCAAGAAUCUCUAAAAGCUUAGAGCCAUUAGUUGAUAUGAUCGACCUUACCUACAUUGAUGGAAAAGUCUUGGCAGAUUUAUUUGAUCCAUUGAAUUUAAUUUCAAAAGAUAAAUUAAUGAGCGCCUACAAAGUUCAUCUAAGAGGAAGCAUAUUACCAAAAUUUCGUGGAAUACAAAAUUCUCAAAUAAUUUCUUCAAAAGACGUCCGAUGGGAUAUACACGAAUGUGAUCAAAAUAUUAAUCUGGAUAACGACAGAUAUGUAGCGUCUAUUGACUCUAACAUAGAUUACAUUCAAAGAGCAAAAACAAACUAUGUGUUAACCAGCGGAACUCACGAGUGUAAAUUCAUAAUUGAAAAACUAGACAAGAGUGUAUGGAUUGGAGUUUGCUCUGAUGAUUGUAGACUAGCGGAGAACAAUGAAUGGACUUUGGGAUCAGACGGUUUGUGCCAUCACAAUAAUGAAAGUAGUAAGUAUUUGUUAAAAGAAAUUGUAGAGGGAACUAAGGUUACUGUGCAUGUGGAUAUGGAUAAGAAGACCUGCGCGUUUUCUAUUAAUGGAAAGAGACAUUCCCCAGUUUCCUCGUGGGAAGAACUCUCAUCAAGGCUUCGCUUCGUAGCUUUGUUGCAUGGAUCAAGUCAAGUUAGAAUUCAAGCGGAUGGAAAAAUAAAAACUCGAGCGGAUAGGAAAGAGAAAAUCCAAGUAGAUAAGAAGAAAGUUCAGGCGGAUAAUAAAGAGAAA